ACUGACGUCAUCAACAUGCGCCACAGAAAGCCUUAUAUCACCCUGAGGUCUAUGUCCUGAAAAACACCAUGAACACCAACAGCUUCCUCGCCUUGUCCAGAGCUUUUCCACGAGGAACCAGCCCACUCACCUGCCACGCGUGGAGACUGUGGAAACCGGCGCUCCGUGUCCAGCAGCGGAGGACGAUCAGAACCCAGAGCAGGAGUCUGGCCUAUGCCAAGGACCUGUUCCUGGGUCAGAUUAACAAGGCUGAGGUCUUCCCCUACCCAGAGAUUGGAAAUGAGGAGCUGGAGGAGAUCAAGCAGUUUGUUGCUCCGGUGGAGAAGUUCUUCAGUGAGGAAGUUGAUUCAGCUAAAAUCGACAGGGAAGCCACCAUCCCAGCAGAGACGCUGAGCGGCCUGAAGGAGCUGGGCCUGUUUGGAAUCAUGAUCCCUGAGGAGUAUGGUGGUCUGGGUUUGUCCAACACCAUGUACGCCCGGCUCAACGAGAUCAUCGCCUUGGACGGUUCCAUCGCUGUCACGCUGGCUGCGCAUCAGGCUAUUGGUCUGAAGGGAAUCCUGAUUGCUGGGACUGAAGCCCAGAAGAAGAAGUAUCUGCCCAGACUGGCUUCAGGAGAACACAUCGCUGCGUUCUGUCUGACCGAGCCCGGCAGUGGAAGCGAUGCAGCCUCCAUCCAGACGAGGGCAACUCUGUCUGAAGAUGGCCAACAUUACCUGAUCACCGGCUCCAAGAUCUGGAUCUCAAACGGCGGCUUUGCAGACAUCAUGACGGUGUUUGCUCGGACCGAAGUGGAAGUUGACGGUGUGAGGAAGGACAGAAUCAGUGCUUUCAUCGUGGAGAAGAGCUUUGGAGGCAUUACUAGCGGCAAACCUGAGGACAAGCUGGGCAUCAGGGGCUCCUACACCUGUGAGGUUUCCUUUGAUAACGUCCCUGUCCCUGUGGAGAACGUGAUUGGAGAAGUGGGGGGCGGUUUCAAGGUCGCCAUGAACAUCCUGAACUCGGGGCGUUUCAGCAUGGGCAGCUCCUGUGCUGGAAUGAUUAAGAAGCUGAUUGAGCUGACCUCAGAGUACGCCGCCACCAGGAAGCAGUUCAACAAAAGCCUGAGUGAGUUUGGGAUGAUCCAGGAGAAAUUUGCCCUGAUGGCCAUCAAUGCCUUUGUGAUGGAGAGCAUGGCCUACCUGACUGCGGGGAUGAUGGACCGACCUGGACUUCCAGACUGUUCACUAGAAGCUGCCAUGGUCAAGGUGUUCAGCUCAGAGGGAGGCUGGAUCUGCUGCAGCGAGGCCCUGCAGGUCCUUGGAGGUCUGGGCUACACCAAGAACUACCCCUUUGAGCGCUACGUCAGGGACAGCCGCAUCCUGCCCAUCUUUGAGGGAACCAAUGAGAUCCUGCGGAUGUACGUGGCCCUCACUGGGAUGCAGCACGCUGGCAGGGUUCUAACCGGAAAGAUAAAGGAGAUGAAGAAAGGGAACAUUUUCCUGGCAGCGACUAUGGCUGGGAAGAAACUGAGGACGUCACUGGGAGCAUCAGUGGACCUGGGCCUUACGGGGAAGGACGGAGUGGUCCAUCCGAGCCUGGAGGAAAGCGCCAAGAAGUUGGAGCAGAAUGUGAGUCUUUUUGGAUCGACGGUGGAGAGCCUGCUCUACAGAUAUGGAAAGAGCAUCGUGGAUGAACAACUUGUCCUGAAGAGGGUAGCAGACGUUCUGAUCCACCUCUACGCCAUGACGGCCGUCCUGUCCAGAGCCAGCCGUUCAAUCAGCAUCGGCCUCAGGAACCACGACCAUGAGGUUGGUGUCAGGGACCGGAGGAGGGUGGAGAACCGGGACCUAAAUAGAAAAUAAAACCCUGAGCUUCAU